GUAUUAUGAUAGAAAGAUCAUUUACGCAUUUGAAGCAUUUGAAGUAUUUCAAUAUUUCAAUGUGAUUCUGAACGGGUGAUAAUCAAAUUAAAAUAUCUUGAACAGAAGAUAAAAAAAUUAGAUACUCUUGAACUGAAGUUGUCCAAGAUGGAACAGACCAUGGAGAAACAAGCGAAAAAUGUAUUCCGGUCAUGUUCGGAAGAACCAUCCAAAAUGUCGGGAAAAUAUCGACUACAACCCGAUGCCAACGAACAACCGUUUGUGGGUUUCUGUGAGCAGGAAAAGUUUGGUGGUGGAUGGCUCGUAAUUCAACAUCGUUUCGAUGGAUCGGUUAAUUUCUAUCGCAACUGGACCGAGUACAGGAAUGGUUUCGAAAAAAAUGAAGGCGAGUUUUGGAUCGGGCUCGAACGGUUGCACAAGUUGACAAAGAAUAAAAAUAUUACCUUGAAGGUGGAAUUCGAAGACUACGAUGGCAAUUAUGGCUAUGGUAGUUAUAAAGGUUUCGAAAUAGGUAACGAGACUGAGAAAUAUGUGCUGAAGCGACUAGGAGAGUAUAAAGGAUCUAUAGGAAGUAGCAUGAGAGCUAACGAGGGACAAAUGUUUACAACGCGGGAUAGUGAUAAUGAUGGCAAAUUAAGCGGUAACUGUGCACAAGAAAGAGGCGGAGCUUGGUGGUAUGCAGAUUGUGGCAACACUAAUCCAAAUGGGCCUUACCACAAGCAAGAAGGGCACUUGAAGCAGAUUUACUGGUAUGCCCACAAACAGGGUGUUGAGUUGAAGUUCUUCAGAAUGAUGAUGAAAUAAAUGAAACUCAUCAAACAAAUGUAUUACACAGAGUUGCCAUCCAUAUUUGUGAUACCGAAUAAAAUAAGAUAAAAAUU